AUGUCAGAUAGCAACGAAAAGCCAUCCUGCUAUGCUUGUGGAGCUAUACUUGAAAGAGAUCAUAUAGGCAUAACAUGCCCUCAAUAUCACAAUCUUUGUUCUGAUUGCUCAAAAAAGUUCGUAGAUAAUAUAUUUGAAGAUUACCAAGCGAAUCUCCCUCCAAAAUGCCCUAUGUGUACAUUAGAAAUUCCAGCUUUGAAUUUUGAGCGUCAGCUAUCUCCUGCUGCCCUUGCUACCUACCAAUUUUAUUCCUUUAUAUAUUAAAAUCUCUAUCAUCAGCCUUUAUGAUCUUAUUAUUUAAUAGAAAGUUUUGUCAAUGGCUUACUAACUUAUUGGUUUAAGCUACUCUGCUCCUUUAUACUUAGCUUCUACAAAAUUGGAAGAAGGUGAAGCCAUGCAAUGGUGCCCGAAAUGCAAUUAUUUCGAAAUAUGAUGCACAACAUCAACAGCUACCCUAUUUUAUUGCAGAAACCCUUCAUGUGAAGAUGUGGUAUGCAUAUUUUGUAAUAAAAGUGUAAAACUCCCUGAUUAUGAAGAAUUUACUAAUAGAGAAAUCAAUAGUGAUGAAGAUGAACAAGAUAUUGAAGAAGAAUACGAAAAAAUGCUUGAAGAAGGCUUUUUUUAUCAUCAAAUUUGUGUGGAAUUGUAUCCAAUGAAGAAAAAAAUUGAUAAUGCUAUUGAAGAAGGAGAGUUUAGACGCUGCCCACAAUGUGGACUUUCAGGGAGAAAAGACGAGUACUGCACACAUAUGACUUGCUCGGUUUGUCAGACUGUUUGGUGCUACUUUUGUGGAAAAAAAGAAGCGGACUGUGAUAAAGAUUAUACAGGAAAUGAUAUACGCUGGGAGAAGUUUUAAAUUGACCUCAAUCUAUUAUUGCUCUGAUAUUUAAAAAUCAAAAUAUGAAGACAAGCACACCCGACUACUUUAGACAAUUUUCAAAAUCUCAUCGCCAAGGUAAAUGUGGUGAGAAACCAGUAGAGAAUCUAUGCCAGUUAUGGCUUGUGUGUCCGGGUAAAUUUGGGCUUAGUUCCUGUCGUUUAAAUCAAAGAAAACCUCCUAUGUCUUUCAGGGCCCUGGCCUUCUUCUCUCUAGACCAGGACAAGACGCCUAGGCAUCAGGGAUUAGCUCUUUUUCUCGCAGAUACAGUGGAAGACACAGCACAUGAUAGACGAAAAGCUUCUCUACUUGGAUCCAGCUGUAUCCCUAUCACUCUAUGCAGCAUAAAUCCAGUCCCCCCUUUAGAAAGAAAGGAAAGCAUGCCCUCAGCGCGCGACACUUUAGCUGUCCAUGGCAUCAGAAGCUAAAGAAGGAGCUAGGUGAUGCUAGAACUAAAUUUGCCAAGCGGUCAUCAACCGAUCAAGCAUAGACAGAAGAUGCCAAAAGCAGAUGAACCAAUAAAGCCCACCCAUCUGCAAUAAGAUUAAUAAUAAAUAUUCAAAAGCAAAAUGGCAAAUCCGUCAACUUGGCAUUAAAAAUCCAUUUUUAGCAUUCAUUUAAUUUAAGAUCGCCAGUUUGACUGAAUAAAAUUUGUAUUUAAAUCCAAAUAUAGUCGUGCACGCAAUAUAUAUUCUUUUCGCCUUGAAAAAGUUUUUUAUUUUUAUCAAAAAUUAUGGGAUUUUCUAUUGAUAUAAAAAACUUAGCUCAAGUUUUCAUUUAUAAAGAUUAGAAUAUAUGCCCAUAAUAUCGAUUGAAUUAGAAAUAAUAAAAGAUGCCCAAUGCACUUUAACCAAAUUCAUGAGCUUGAUGAAAGAUGGCCAGAAAACGAUGAAGAUUGCUUAAAUCGUUUUCAUCAGCUCUUAACAUUAAAAUCUCUAAAGAAGGCUAUCGACGAAAUCGGAGAAAAUAACUAUCUAUUAUACUGUUAUGCAUAAACAGCGAUUAACAAUUCUAUCCUUAUUUAUGUGGUAAUUUUAUUUAAUUCAUAGAAACCAUAUACAAAAUUGCAGAGCACUUUCCAAGUAUAAAAAACAAUGGGUAUGGUAUUCAAGAAAUUUUAUCUGUGCAGGAAGAACCACUGAUUGAUAUGGCAAGGGCUGAUGAAUUUUCUGAAGGAAGAAGAAGCCAUAGCGAUGAAGACAGUUUUAGGUUAAUUAAUUAGAGCUUCCUUGUUUUAUGUCUCGCCCAAUGAUAACUUUCGGAGAAGACUUGUUCAGAUCCCGCAAACUUCUGAGAGUAUACCAUCAUUUAUACCGAAAUAGUGUGCUUCUGCUUUCGUGGCUAUUGAUGCUACUGCGGAACUUUGGAGUGCAAAUUAGGGACUUGAUAGAUGACGCUUCAGCACUGGAGUUCCAGCUAGAGAUAAAUUCCUUAGCUUGCACUGGCACCAGCUGCCUUCGUAGUCGGUGCAGAGGUUAAAAGCUUUUUCUCAAAUGUACAGAGACUUCAGAUGAGGAAGGCAAAACUUACGAAAUACAAAUUUCUAGUAUUCAAGAUUGUGUUUGGGAUCAUACUAUAUAAGGUUCAAACUCUGAGCAUGCCUCGAAAAGGGAUUAAUGACAUUCCAUUUUAUUUGUGCUAAGUGACGAAGAUAGUUUAGAUCCUUUUGAAGACGAGGAAAUUGAAGAACUAGCAGCUGGAAUUGAUGAAUUAUAA